UGCUAUCAAAGCAGCCAGGGAGCUUUGGCCUCAAACUGGUUGAGACUACCUCUCUAACUCUCUUCUGUCUCAGCUGUGGUCCUCCAGGGGAUUCUCUUGUGCACCCACUCCUGACAUGGCAGGAAAAGCGCAUAGACUGAGUGCCGAGGAGAGAGACCAGCUGCUGCCGAACCUGCGCGCCGUGGGCUGGAAUGAGCUGGAGGGCCGAGACGCCAUCUUCAAGCAGUUUCACUUUAAGGAUUUCAACCGGGCCUUUGGGUUCAUGACAAGAGUGGCCCUACAGGCUGAAAAACUGGACCACCACCCUGAAUGGUUCAAUGUGUACAACAAGGUCCACAUCACCCUGAGUACCCACGAGUGUGCAGGCCUGUCGGAGAGGGACAUUAACCUGGCCAGUUUCAUUGAGCAGGUGGCUGUGUCUCUGGCCUAGACCUUCUCACUCUCCCUCCCUCCCCCAUCCCUUCCACUUGCUGCUCUAGGAGGGUGAGGGUGUUGGGGACACAGGAAACCCUAGACGAUGAAUGGAUCAGACUCGGGGUUGUAGAGGGCUAGGUGGGGAAUGGACAUAGAAGCAAUAUGUGCAGUGAAAUGUUCCUUUGUUCUCAGCACUGCCCACUCCCUAGCCUCACCCUGUGCUGUGUGCAGAAAUUGUGCCAAGUCCAAUAUAAGGCAGCUAGAUAGAUGGGUCCAGGGGCAGCCAAGUUUUCUUCCCUUCUUGUAUCCCGUGAGUGCAACAGUGAAGUGAUGAUUUCCUCCUGCUGGCCUGUUUAACAUUUCUCCAUAAGCUACAGAAAUAUAACUGGGAGUCUGCUAACAAUGUCCUGUCCACUGUCACUUUGAGAUGGGACCCUUAAACCCAGUUGUAAUGGCCAUAUGUUACCUCAUACCUCCAAUAAAACUACCUGUGAUGUACUCGG